AUGAUGCAACAACGCCGUUCCGUUGGAAUUGCUUUUAUGUCGUGGUCACAUGCGCGUGUUUUUGUUCGUGCGAAUUUAAUUUUGAAAAACAAUUUGCUUUUUUUCAGUGCUUUUUUUAUAUUUUUGGUGUGCUGCCGCGUUCUGUUCGUAAACCCUCUCGCUCGUUUCGACAUGGAAGUGUAUCGUCAGAAACUCGAAGCCUUGUUGAAGGAGAAGAAUGCUGUCACCGAUUUGUUGGUGAUUGUAGAGCAGAAAACUGGUGCCCCGCGUCUCUACGUCGCCCUGGGGUCGUUGGUUUUCAUCGUUCUCUGGCUGGUUUACGGAUAUGGCGCCCAGCUUGUGUGCAAUCUGAUUGGAUUCGUGUACCCGGCCUACAUGUCAGUGAAGGCGCUUGAGUCGCGGAGCAAGGAGGACGACACCAAGUGGUUGACCUACUGGGUCGUUUUCGCCGUCUUCUCACUCGUGGAAUUCUUCUCGGACAUCCUUCUUUCGUGGUUCCCAGUGUAUUGGCUGGUGAAGUGCGGAUUCCUGAUCUGGUGCUAUGCCCCGAUUUCGGGCAACGGUUCAACAGUAAUCUACAAAAGCCUCAUUCGUCCGUUCUUCCUCAAGCACGAAUCAAAAAUCCACGAUUUGGUGAACGAGGGAGAGAAGCGAGUCAAGGAGGCAUUUUCUGGGGACAAAUCCGACUGAUGCCUGCGGGACGCGUGAAGUGCUGAAAAAAUACCCGACGCGUGUGUUUUCCUGCUUCCGAAAUCAUUCAAAAAUUUGUUAUUCUCUUGUUUCAAGCUUGUGAAUUUAUUGACCAUUUUCUGGCAUUGAGAGUGGCCGUGAAUCGUGAAUCUUCCUAGGGAAAGAAGAAAAAAAAAGAGAGAUAAAUGGGAAGCCUUGCCAUAUUAUCCGAAGUUUUUGCCACAGUUUUUCCUGCUUUUCCCUCAUCGUAUUGCUCAUUUCCUGCCUGUAGGAAAACGAUGUUUGUUUGGGAGUCAUACGCCGGUUUUUCGCAGUUUUGAGAGGAAGGUGGAAAACCUGAAGGUGUUUUUAUUUUCCUUCUUCAGACAAUGAGAACUGGUGUAUGAGUGCCCUUCAAGAUGUUGAUUAGUGGAGGUACAAUACAAGUGAUGUCCCUUACGAAUAUGUAUUUGGAAGAAAAAGCCCCGAAGGUGGAGGUGAUUUUGGAUGUGUGAUCCUAGAGCAAAGAGAAAGAAACAACUUAUUCAACGAUUGUUUUUGUUGUGUUGGUUUCCUGAGGCUGUAAAGGAGCUGUAAAGCUGGGUUGUCUCCUGUAUGUAUAUAUGCAGAGCAUCCAAUGGAAUUCGUCCCUCCCUGUGCCCCACAACCACUGUAAUAGAACCCGUCUCUCGGGACCCGUGGUAGCAUUUUGUGAAUUCAGAAUUGUCGAAUGCCUUCCGUGUCCUCCAGAAAUAUAAGCGCAUGCAAGGGUGGACUUCA